GCACUGAAACACUCCACUCCACGCGCUUCGCUGCUUUCUUUCGACCUUUCGUCCUCCGCAGCUCUUUCCGUUUCCUUUUUGUCUCUCCACUCCCCAUUCUCUCUCUAAGAAAGUACCCAUAAAAAUAAUAAUAUAAUAAUAAAAACUCUGUAUUCUCUACUCCUCUUUUUCUUCCUUCUUUUUUUUUUUUUUUUAAAUCCGAACCGCAAGCAGAUGGAAAGUGUUCUAAGGAAAGUGAUUUCUAUUUUUUUUAUUUUUAUUUUUUCUUGAAGACAAAACAGGUUAAAUUUUCUUUCGGGAAGUUUCCAAGAAUUUGGUAUUUCAGUUUAUUCAUUACUCGACAGUUAGGGUUUCUGGAACGGCGUGAAUUAAACGGUGACUUUUUACUUCCGGUGAAGAAAAGAUUGUGCAGUCUUUUUCCUUAACAAUUGGGUGCAAAAUUUUUUCUACUGUUUCGUCAAUUCACCUUAGAAUUUGGAAGCGCAUUUUGUCCUCGUUUAGUAAGAGAAAUCUCGAAAGCAAAGUGGCGUUGGUUUCUUUUGACUGUUGCAUUUGAAGAAUUGAAGGAGUUAGGGUUUUAGAGUGGUUGAAUUUGUUUAGCCUGGUUGAUGUGGUAGGCGAGAUGUCGUUAUCUAUAAAAAUGGAAAUUGAUGCACUGGAAGAUGUUACUUGUUUGGACCCCGAGCUUUUGCAGCUUCCUGAAGUGUCUCGAUUUGCACUAAAAACCAGUCCUCAACUUGUCGAGGACUUGUUCUCUCAAUGGCUUUCGCUUCCGGAGACCGGCCAUCUGGUGAAAUCUUUGAUCGAUGAUGCAAAAGCAGGGACCAAAGUGAAUGCCUUUGCAAACUUUACUAAUGUAAAUGCUGUUGGGAGCAAUUCAUUGCCUUCCAUGUUUUCGAGUGGCAGUGCUCCUCCACUUUCUCCAAGAAGCUCAUCUGGUUCUCCUCGCACAUCGAAGCAGAAGUCUAGCCCAUCAGCUCUUGGCUUUCCAUUGAAAUUAGUUAGGGAACCAACUCAAGAAGUCAUUCCACAGUUUUAUUUCCAAAAUGGUCGUCCACCUACAAAGGAAUUGAAAGAACAAGAUCUUUCUAAAAUUAACGACCUUUUUAAUAAUCCUCUAAAUGGAUUGCAAAUAGAUGAGUUUAAAACAGUGACAAAGGAAGUUUGCAAGCUACCAUCUUUCCUUUCUUCUGCACUUUUUAGGAAGAUAGAUGUAGAUUGCGCCGGAAUAGUGACCAGAGAUGCUUUCAUCAAGUAUUGGGUUGAUGGCAACAUGCUGACAAUGGAUUUGGCAACUCAAAUAUUUGAAAUUCUUAAGCGGCCAGGCUGCAAGCACCUCACUCAGGUUGACUUCAAACCUGUUCUUCGAGAGCUUUUGGCAACCCAUCCAGGAUUAGAAUUCCUGCGAAACACGCCUGAAUUUCAAGAUAGAUAUGGUGAAACUGUCAUAUACAGAAUAUUUUAUCACCUCAAUAGAUCAGGAAAUGGUAGUCUUACCCUCAGAGAGCUCAAACGUGGAAAUCUGAUUGCUGCCAUGCAACAUGCAGAUGAGGAAGAGGACAUUAACAAAGUCCUUAGGUUCUUUUCAUAUGAACACUUCUAUGUUAUAUACUGUAAGUUUUGGGAGUUGGACACAGACCAUGAUUUCUUCAUCGACAGAGAAAACCUCAUCAGAUAUGGUAAUCAUGCCCUUACCUACAGGAUUGUUGAUAGAAUCUUUUCACAGGCUCCACGGAAGUUUACCAGUGAGGUAGAAGGGAAGAUGGGUUAUGAAGACUUUGUUUACUUCAUGCUCUCAGAGGAGGACAAAUCAUCUAACGCUAGUCUUGAAUAUUGGUUCAAGUGCAUAGAUUUGGAUGGCAAUGGUGUGCUCACGUCAAAUGAAAUGCAAUUUUUCUAUGAGGAGCAGCUGCACCGAAUGGAAUGCAUGGCCCAAGAACCUGUGCUCUUUGAGGAUAUAUUGUGUCAAAUAAUUGACAUGAUUGCAACUGAGAGAGAAGAUUGCAUCACGCUAUGGGACUUGAAACGGUGCAAACUUUCAGGAAAUGUUUUUAACAUCCUUUUUAAUCUUAAUAAGUUCAUGGCAUUUGAAACCCGUGACCCAUUCCUCAUUCGGCUGGAACGCGAGGAUCCAACUUUGACAGAGUGGGAUCGCUUUGCUCAUAGGGAGUAUAUCAGGCUUUCAAUGGAAGAAGAUGUUGAAGAUGCCUCGAAUGGAAGUGUUGAAGUAUGGGAUGAGUCCCUAGAAGCUCCAUUUUAAGUUUCCUGAAGCAAGUUUUGUAGGACCUUUGCCAAACAUAUUCGGGGUGUAUGAAGAAAGGCUGGCUAAAUGGAGAUAGUGUUGAUCAGAAAAUUCACAGCCAAAAAUAUCAACUUGGGUUGUAUAGCUUUUACACGCAUAUUAACCCAGCCUGCUAUUGGCUAGCCCUUUUGCAACUAUGCUGCGCUGCACUGACGUUCCGCGAUGAAAAUAAUUGCUUAACCAACCAUCGUAUCA